AUGGAUAAGGACGUGUGUAAUAACUUCAUUUAUGUAAUGAAGAAUUUAGAAUAUGAUUCGGAUAAUAAAAGUUAUCAAUUUAAAGAAGAUACACAUUUCAAAAAGUAUUGUACUGGUGAUAUUUGUAAUAAUGAUCUCGACAAAAUUAAUGCUGGAUGUUUAUAUUUGUUUGAUACAUUUUUUAAGGAUGUUUAUGCAUUUGAGAAGGCUGCAAAAAGUAACAUAAAUACUGUUGAAUACAUUUUGAUAUGGUUAAUUUAUAUGUUAAACCUUAUCAAAACUGAAGAAAACAACAGUAUAGACAUUUUUUAUAAUACAUACAUAAAGGGUGGUGGUAAGUAUACUAAUAAUGUAAAAUAUAUUAGUGGUUAUAAUGAUUAUAAGGAUCUUAUAGAUAGAAGUUAUAAUUUGUUAAGUAUGGAUAUGAGCAUUAUACCUAAAUUAUAUGAUGCAUUUAAUACAUUAUGUGAAAUUUAUAAUGAGCUUGAUACAAACAACUCAAAUUGCGCGAAAUGUUCGGAAAAAGCUCAUCAAUUUGUUGAAAAAUAUAAAGAAUUUAACAUAGAUUAUAACAAUGCUGAAGAUAACCCCCAUUUUCGUAUAUUUAUUACUUUAUUAAUUGAUUAUGAUAAUUUAAGAAUUAAAUGUAGAAAUUUCCCAUCCAUUCCAGGGACGCCAACCCCAAAUUAUGAAGAUAUUUCUGGAGUUACAUCAAGUUCGUCGAUAGCAAGCAAAUUAAUUCCAAUUUUAUCGAUAUUAGUUGCAAUAGCAAUUUUUUUAGGAAUUUCUUAUAAGUAUUCGUUAUUUGGAUUUCGGAAAAGAGCUCAAAAACAAUAUUUAAGAGAAAAAAUAAAAAAUAUAAAGAAGAGAAUGAAUCGUUAA